UUUGAAUAUCAUAUUGAACCAGCGUCACUUUAUAGUCCGUCUUCACUAGCGGGUUUGUUGAAUUACUCAAACGCGUUUCGGCAUCGCGCCAUCUUCAUUGAGGAACAUCUAAAUAUGUUAGCAAUCGUAACGUUGUUCAUUGUAUUAUUCUCGAUCGGAUGCUUUUGGUAUAAACGUAAAUUUUCUUAUUGGCGUCGACACGGAGUAAAAGAAUGGGCGUCGAAUUCGGUUUUCGGAAAUUUCGGCGGAGUGAUUGCAAUGAAGGCGAACGAAGGGGACGUCGCAGACGAAUGCUACAAGAAAUUGGGCGAUGUCAAAUUCGGCGGUUAUUACUUCCUCUGGAAGCCCCUUCUCAUGGUUAAAGACGCCGAAUUAAUCAAAAACAUAACUGUUAAAGAUUUCGAACAUUUUACCGACCAUUCGAUCUUUCUCGAUACUACAAAGGACACGGACACAGUGUUACAUUCUCUCUUUUUCAUGAAGUCUGAGGAAUGGAAGAAACGGAGAUCUGUGAUGACGCAUCUUUUCACUCCCAAACGUCUCAAAUACAUGCAUACCAUGUCGGAGCCGAUUGUGGACAGCUUCUUGCUCAAUUUGGACCGAUUCGCGAAGGAUGAUCUGGACAUCGAUAUGGACCCGACUCUGACUGAAUUGACGAUGAACGUGAUCACGAAGACAUUCAUCGGGAUCGACGUGAAGGACCAGUCUGCUUUCCUGAAGGCGUCCCACAUGCUCGCGUAUCCGGAUGUGCCGAGCUUGCUCAAAUCGUUCCUUUUCACCCUUCAUCCGGGGAUUCACAAAGCUCUCGGGCUCACUACUCUCAACAAGGGUAUAUACGAGUUAUUUUCUGAACUCGUCAAAAGGGUUGUCAAACUGAGAAAAGAGCAGAACAUAGUUUCCAACGAUUUAUUCGAUUUUCUAAUCAAAUGUCAAAAUGGGGAGAUAAAAAAUUAUGAAGAUAUUUCUAUGGGUGAAAUGAUUGGCCACACGUUUGCCUUCUUUUUCGCCGGACACGACACAACGGCACUGACGGGAGCCUUGGCGGUCUUCGAACUCUCAAGGAACCCAGAUGUGCAGGAAAGACUCAGGAGCGAAAUAAAAAAGGCAAUUGAAAAAACUAAGGAUGGCCUUAGCUACGAAACCCUUAGCGCUAUUCCUUAUAUGACCUAUGUCAUUCAAGAAGUGACCAGGAUGUAUCCCGUCCUGGGAGUCAUAAAGAGAGUCUGCACCAAGCCAUAUACUAUCGGCGAUUUCCGUGUGCCCGUUGGGAUGGACGUCAUUCUCCCGGUCCGGUCAUUACACUACGACCCGCGGUACUUCGAGGAUCCGCAUUCCUUCAGGCCGGAGAGGUUCGCCGAAGGGAAGACGCCCGAGGUUUUUAUGCCUUUCGGGAAAGGACCGAGGAUUUGCAUCGGUAUGAGGUUUGCGGAGGGCGAACUGAAACAUUUGAUCUCCCGGAUGGUUCUUGAUUACGAUAUUCUGGCUAGCAGAAAAAACCAGCUACCUUUCAAAUUCGACCGGACUCUAGCUGUCACCAUAAGGCCUGUUGGUGGGAUUUGGGUGAAACUCAAAGCAAGAACUGAUAAUUAUAAAAGCAUGUAUCCCUAAGUUUAAAAAAAGUUUCAAUAAUAUAUUUUUUUUAAUAAGUUUAA